CCGCCUCGCUCGCUCACCUAUCGGACCGUUUCCACUAUUGCAUCCAUUUUUGUGCAUUCAAGAAUUCUGUUGGAGUUAACAGCAGCCGGGAGGGUAUCAAGGAAAGUGGCGAAAGCGAGGACACCGACAACCGCAAAAUAAGUGACCGCGGGCCGCGCCAUUGGACGAUGCGCGAGAGCUCUCCAUAAGAGCAGCAGCCAUGGGUUAGACUGCUUUCACCAUGAUUGCAAAAUAAAAGCACCCACACCUGAAAAUGUCUGCCCGGGGUGGCCCGGCCGCAACCCCUGCGGCUCCCGCUCAACCGGACAUGCCGGACCUGAGCCACCUCACCGAGGAGGAGAGAAAGAUCAUCCUCUCGGUCAUGGACCGACAGAAGAAAGAGGAGGAGAAAGAGCAGUCCAUGUUGAAGAAGCUGCACCAGCAGUUUGAAAUGUACAAGGACCAGGUGAAGAAGAUCGGGGACGAGGCCCAAAAGAAUCCAGAGCAGAAGAGCGACUCGCCCACCUGUGGGAUCUGCCACAAAACCAAGUUUGCCGAUGGCUGCGGCCACGUCUGUUCUUAUUGCCAAACUAAGUUCUGCGCUCGCUGUGGAGGACGCGUCUCCUUACGGUCUAAUAAAGUAAUGUGGGUUUGCAACCUGUGCCGAAAACAACAAGAAAUCCUCACUAAGUCAGGAGAGUGGUUCUACAGCAGUUCUGAGGGGUCCAGAUCAGGGUCCCAAGCCAAAAGGAGGGGAGGCCCAGCCGGAGCAAGUCAGGACCCUCUCAGAAACGGUUCAGGGAACCCCGCAGACAGAAAAAGAAGCCCAUCGGCAUCCAGGGAUCCAAACGCGGCAUAUAACCAAAGGGAGGGGGAAGUAGGAUUGCAGUAUGCCCCGGCUGAAGGUGGCAUGCCCCGUUCUCCGUCCGACUACGGACGGGACCCUGGCCGUUCGCCAAGGAGUUCAAGGAUGUACGACGAGGUGGGUGGUUAUCUAGACAGUCGAGGACGCUGGCACUCCCAAGGCCAGCGUUUGGAUGGCCAGUUAGAUGACUAUGAACUCCAGAGGCGCCGUGAGGAGGAGUACCAGGCCCGAUACCGCAGCGAUCCCAACCUGGCGCGCUACCCAGUCAAACCCCAGCCCUACGAGGAGCAAAUGCGCAUUCAUGCACAGGUGUCACGAGCUCGGCACGAGCGCCGCCAUAGUGACGUCUCGCUUGCCUACACAGAACUUGACGAGCCACUACAUGGACCUGGUAGGCGGCAGUCUCGCCUUCCUUUAUUGGGAGGCCCAAGUCAACGCUCGUACUCGGUGGACAGGAGCUCACCAGGACAUCGGACAUCCAACCAUAGCCCACCGACACCACAUCGCAGCCCUGUGCUGGGCGACAGCCGGAGAGGACUGGGAGAUCCCGCAAGGAAACCCAUACCCCAACAGCACCAUUUGGACCCUAGCUCAGCCAUGCGCAGGAACAAACGGGACAAAAUGGAUAGCAUGCUGCGAAACGACUCUUUAAGCUCGGACCAAUCCGAGUCGGUUCGAACUCUUCCACCCCGACCCCACCGUAGCAAGCACAUUGGCAAGCUUAGAGCCAUGGGCAGCUUCAGUAGCUCAGAGGAGGAGCUGGCUACCACGCCAGAGUACACCAGCUGUGAGGACGUGGAGUUGGAAAGUGAGUCCAUCAGUGAAAAAGGAGAUAUGGAUGGUCACUGGUGGGACCAUGCGUCUUGGCAUAGCGAGGCAUCCUCUAUAUCAAUGCACCCGGUAACAUGGCAACCGUCCAAAGAUGGAGACCGCCUAAUAGGGCGGAUAGUGCUUAACAAACGGAUGAAAGAUGGCACGGUGCCACAAGACACAGGGGCACUGCUUGGUCUCAAGGUGGUGGGAGGGAAGAUGACAGAGUCUGGGAGACUUUGUGCUUUCAUCACGAAGGUGAAGAAAGGAAGUCUAGCAGAUACUGUCGGCCGUCUGAGACCAGGUGAUCAGGUUCUGGAGUGGAACGGGAGAGUCUUACAGGGAGCCACAUUCAAGGAAGUUUACAAUAUCAUUCUAGAAUCCAAGCCUGAGCCGCAGGUGGAGCUGGUGGUCUCACGGCCCAUUGGAGAUGUUCCUAGAAUACCAGAGAGUACUCAUGGACAACUUGAAUCAAGUUCAAGUUCCUUUGAAUCGCAAAAAAUGGGCCCUUCCAUCUCCAUCACUUCCCCUAUGAGUCCUGGCAUGCUCCGAGACACCCCUCAGUAUCUUUCUGGACAGCUCUCAAGUCCAUGCCUUAGUAGAAGAACCACGCCUUUUGUCCCUAGGGUCCAGGUGAAGCUCUGGUACGAUAAAGUGGGACAUCAACUCAUUGUAACUAUCCUGGGCGCCAAAGACCUGCCUGCACAAGAAGACGGGCGGCCCAGGAAUCCCUACGUCAAAAUCUACUUCCUCCCUGACAGAAGUGACAAAAGCAAGAGAAGAACGAAAACAGUAAAGAAAUCCCUAGAGCCCAAGUGGAACCAGACAUUCAUGUACUCACCAGUGCACAGACGAGAGUUCAGAGAGCGUAUGCUGGAGAUCACACUAUGGGAUCAGGCCAGAGUCCGAGAGGAGGAAAGCGAGUUCCUAGGAGAGAUUCUAAUAGAGCUGGAGACAGCCCUGGUGGACGAUCAGCCUCACUGGUAUAAGCUACAAACACAUGACCAAUCUUCUAUGCCCCUGCCUAAGCCCUCACCAUACAUGCAGAGACGAAUCCUACAUGGAGAGAGCCCCACGCGCAGGUUACAGAACAAAGGCCCGUAUUAUUACAACUCAGGGUCACAGCGAAUCAGUGACAGCGAAUUCUCUGAUUACGACUGUGAAGAUGGGAUUGGUGUUAUCUCAGAUUACCGGCACAACGGCAGGGAUUUCCAGAGCUCCACUCUGUCUGUACCUGAGCAGGUUAUGUCGUCCAAUCACUGUUCACGAUCAGACAUGAUCCGCACACGCUCACGCUCACCAAGCGUCCCUCCCCCACAGAGUCGAAGUUUAGAUCACGGUGUAAGAGGACGACACUCGAAUUACGGCCCCCGACAUCGACUGUCUGAGGACAGAUACUCACCGGACAGUCACUAUCUUACCCUCCCUCCUCGAACCAGACACAGACAGCCAGCCACCGAUCCUGCUGUCCAGGACCCCAGUCUGCACCCCCUGAAAUGUGAAGACGCGGUCAAGUUACUACACUCACCUAGGAUGGCCCGUGCAUACUCUGAUGAGGCGUACAAUAGCAUGGACAGGAGAAUGAAGAAGGAUAGACAAAUGUCUGCCUACAGUGACUCAUUUGAAUCUCCUGAGAGAUAUUACAAUGGGCCCAAUCAUGGAUCUACUCCAUGCCCUAAUCAUGUCAUGAAUGGAAGUGGUGGAGACUACAGUAGGACAUGCCCCAGGAUAGAAAGUGAACCCUCUACAGAUACAGAAAGAGAGGAUCAUAUCCCCGAAUUCCCAGCUAACCAUGAGCACUUUGAGGAAGAUCUCAGGGCAAACCCCCGGACUGGCUCAGUCCAAACGAGUCCCACCAGCACGCCAGUAUCCAGUCGGAGAGGCCGGCAGCUACCGCAGGUCCCACCCAAGGGAUCUAUGGACAGAGAAGAUGGCGAGGGUGUGACUGAGCCUUGUGAAGGUACUCUGAAGGAUCCAUCUAGGCAGCGUGGAAUGGACAGUCUUUCCAUGAGGUCAUCGGACAGUGAUGUGAGCGACGUGUCCGCUAUGUCGAGUGCGUCUCGGCUUAGCAGCACGAGCUACAUAUCUGUCCAAUCAGAAAGAGCACGAGCCAACCGCAGGAUCAGCCGUACGGAGGCCCUUAACAGUCAGAGCGAGGAGGCGACUGUUGUUCCGAUAGAACAGGUGGAAGGAAGUGCUCUAGGGACAGGACAGGAAGAGGGGGUGGCUGAGGCUGCCGAGAACCCAGAGGAGGAAGUAGUGGAGGAAACUGAGAGGGCUCAGACGGCCACACCUGGCUCCAACAUCACCAAGAGCUCCAGUGUGGGCGGAGACAUGUGCUCGCUGGGCCGGAACGACGAUGAGGACGAUGACAAGAAGAGGCGGUCCAGUUUCGGGGCAAAGAUGGCGGCAAUGGUAGGACUUGGGAAGAAAAGCCAAAGUACAUCCCAGCUGGACCCGGAGGAGGAGGGUAAGAAGAAGAAGCCUGUGCGUCUGGCGAUCCAGCGGAGUGUGGAGACGGGUUUAGCAGUUGAGAUGAAGAGCAGAAUGACAAGGCAGCCCAGCCGAGAGAACACAGAAGACGGUGAAAAGGCAAAACCUGGAAAUCUUAUAUUCCCUGGGGUGAAGAUCUCAUCAGACAGCCAGUUCACUGAGUUUUUGGAUGGUCUUGGCCCCGCCCAGCUGGCAGGAAGACAGACACUGGCCACACCUCCCAUGGGUGACAUUCAGAUUGGUAUGGUCCACAGGAAGGAGAGGCUAGAUGUUGAAGUUAUUCGGGCCAGAGGUCUGGUGGGCAAACCAGGCAACAAACAGACACCAGCACCCUAUGUGAAAGUAUAUCUGCUAGAGAACGGCAAGUGUAUCAACAAGAAGAAAACACGGACAGCGAGAAAAACACUGGAUCCACUUUACCAACAGCAGCUUCAGUUUGAGGAGAACCCUGAAGGGAAGGUUUUGCAGAUCAUUGUUUGGGGGGACUAUGGCCGCAUGGACCACAAAUCCUUCAUGGGAGCUGCCCAGAUCCUAUUAGACGAUCUAGAGCUGACCAACAUGGUGAUUGGCUGGUACAAGCUCUUCCCUCCCACCUCAUUGGUAGACCCGACAUUGGCACCUUUAAGUAGCAAACCUUCAGAAUCAGGCCUGGAUAGCUCCAACGUUCGGUCGUAGCGGCACGAGGAGGUUAGCGAUGGAGAGCAGCAUGAGUAGCUACAGCUACAAACAGAAAGGAGACAGUCUUGACGGGUCACUUCCUGGCUACACUGCAUGCUUGAUGUUGUGUCCUCUGAGCCCGUGCAACGAGAGGCCUGAAAAGCCCUGCGUCCUUCUGCCAAAAAAUAAACUAAAAAAAAGUAUGCUGCUGUCAUGUGCAGGGAACGAAAGCCACAGGAAGUCUCCUUCUGCUGAGGAGGUGCAACCAAUAAGAUACGGCAGAGUUCUGAUUCUUUACAAGGUGGAUGUAGGAAAAAGUGAGCUGAUUUCUACAGGAAGUUUGCACAGAAGCACUGAUUUAGAAAAGGAAGAUACCAUUUUAUUUUGGCUGUUUACUUUCUGUUGUAUUUCAAGAGAUGUCAGUGUUUCUUACCUAGAACUUGAUAAGUUGUAGCUAUUACUGUGAGCCAAGCUGUGAAAAGAUUAUCCUGAAAGAGAGAAGCAUUUGUCUGAGGUGGGAUAGGAAAGAAAUAAGGUAACCUCAGAAAGAUGACAUCUAUGCGGGAAUGUGUACCAUACAUCAUCAAGAAAGACUGCCACAUGAUCUUCAAAGUUCAGUGAUGAGCAAAUGAAAUGGCCAGAUUUCAUUUUUGAUUCAGGAAACAACAGAAUUAAUCUUUUUUUUUUUGUGCUCCAGUAUGAUGUUCUGUUUGUUGAUGUACUGUGUAAAUUCAUGAGAAAUAUUUCUUUCUUUUUUUUUGCAUGGAUGCAAAUUAUUAUUUUUAUUUAUUUAUUUUUUAUUUUUUUAAGGCGUAAGGUUAUUUUUCUUGAGGCUGCAAAUAGCAAAAAAAUACAAAUAAAAAGAAUUGAAGAAAAAUACAAAUAGUUAAGGAUCCACUGAUCAGCCAUUUUCAACAGUUUGUAUUAUUUUUAAUAUGAAAUUCUCUAGUGCAUGGUUUUCAAAGAGACUGAAUGCAAAAUGAUAAAGACGUGAUUGUCAUCCUUUAGAAUAUUCUUCUGUAUUUUUACAGAUCUCACAGGUGUGGUCUGGUUGGACUUUAUAUCUCAUAAUAAUCGGGGGUGGGGGGUUGCAGUCUUCUACGGGAGGGAAAGAGAAGGUUGAGGAAAACACAAUAAAUGUACGAGACUAAGAUUAUGUGAAAAUUGUACAUUUCUCUCUCCAGAGGCAGCCAUAUUAGUGUUCAUGUGGAGACAGAGCUGUAGAUUAUUUUAUGGUCUGUCAUGAUUCCACUUUGUCACUUUACACAAGAAUGGCUCGUUCAUUCAAAGCAAGCAUGUUGAAAAGGGUCUCAACAUGGAUUGAGCACACCGUCUGAGUAAUACAGCAUGUUUUGAUAGAGACAUCUGGGAAUUUUUUCGCAGUAUUGUGUACAGUGCAUGUGGACCAGAGGCGCCGCCGUCUCCCUGAUCUGACGUCAUCCACAGAUUCAGGUCGGGGUCAAGGUUUUGUGGCCAAUGGUUCAGACAUUCAACGCAACAUUCCACCUCUUGGCACUCAUCUUUUUUUUUUAAGAAAAAAAGAAAAAAUAAUAACAGACAAAAGAAAACAAAAACACAUGGGGAUAAAAGAAGGUAAAGAAGAUAAUUUAUAUUUAUUCAAGGUUGACUUGGAAUAAAGGUUGCAAGUAUAUUUUAUUUUAUUAUUGUUAUAAAGAAAACAAUAUAAAAAAUGGAUCCCAUUGAAUGGUGCUGUACAAAGACUCUGAAUUCGGAGUGGACUGGACAAUGUUCUCUCUCGUCAUGUUGUUCAACACAACAGACACUGAUUGUCGAUUGAAGAGCUGGUCGGUUCAUGGAGAUGGGAAAAUUGCCACACAAUAUGAAUUUUUAAUUUUCUUUUUUUUUUUUGAGAGAGAAUAAAAUUCAUUUACUAAUUCC